AUGUCUUCUUCUUCUGUCACACAAACAAAAACAGAACAACAACAUAGGAUGAAAUCGAGAAAACCCAGAAACCAAAUCAAAAACCACCACAAACCCAUUUCACAAAUGGAUCAACAAAUCCAAACCACUCGUUGCAACUCAACAAUUUCAUCUCUUCUUCUCUCCACAUUCUCCAACGAAACCGCUGUUUCUCCGCAACCCACUAGCAAAAAGAUUAACUUUUUAUCUGCGGCAGCUACUUUCAGAGGCUUGGGAUGUACUGCCGGUGCUUCUCAGCAAGUGUCGGUGCCGGCGGUGAUUCGGGCUUCUGCAGAUUGGACUCAUCAGGGGAAGAAGAAAACCAGAAAAAAGAAGCAUAAGAGGAAUGUUGUAGGAGGGAGUAGCAAGAACAUUAGUAAUGAUGGUUCUUCUGCUACUUGUGUUGAUUUUCAAGAUGUUUGGUGUGGACCUGGAAUUGAUGCUGCUGCUUCUGUUGAUUGUGUUGUUUCAAAGAAGAAUGUGUCUUCAAGGGCUAAGAUUGAUUUGGAAAAGAUAACUCAUAGAGAGCCUUCAUCAUCUUUCCGAAGGCGCACUACUGUCUACCCAGAAAGCUUCUCUUUUCCGGAUACCGAUCCUGACAUUUUCACGGCAUGCUCUUUCGGAACUGCAACAUACCCUCGCCAUAUCAGAGAUCUCUCUUCUGAUGAUUUAUCUGAGAUAAUGGUGCUUCAAGGAAGAAUACUAAUGGGAGGACGAUACAAUUCGUGCGACCUUUUCAGAGAUUUGAGACUAGAUGUUGAUAACAUGUCAUAUGAGCAAUUGCUUGAGCUUGGUGAGAGAAUUGGUCAUGUCAAUACUGGACUUAAACAAGAUGAGAUGGAACCUCACAUAAGGAAGACUAAACUUCGAUUUUCCGAUGAUGUGUCAAAGCAUCAAGUAGACAAAAAAUGCAGCAUUUGUCAGGAGGAGUUUGAAGAAGAUGAUGAGGUUGGAAGGCUGAAGUGUGAUCAUAUGUAUCACUUUGAAUGUAUACAAAAAUGGGUUGCACACAAAAAUUUCUGUCCUGUGUGCAAGGAGCAGGUUGCAGCUAGACAUUGA